AUGCCCGGAAUGGUCGCCUUUAUUGAAGAAGUCCGGACGAUCCUUGACAACAAAAUGAGAAAGGAGCUCUACGAACAGCACAAUGCCACAACGAGGGCUCUUGCUGCCCAGUACGAUGCCGUCCUAAAGUGCUUCGUCGAGGACGUUGAGAGUUACAAGAAUGCCUCAACGGCAGAGAACUUCUCUCGCUACAGCCCGGACGGCUUCCGACUACCUGCUCUGGCAGACGAGCACAGGAAUUGCCGCCAGAUCCAGGCAAAGGUACGAGUGUACUGGGAGGACAUGGAAGAGCUGGCGAAGGAUGCCAAGGCGCGGAUGGAGGUCCUGUGCGCAUACUAUGCGGGCAACGAGACCUCCCGAACCUUCCCUGUCGGAACGUCCAGGGACUGUCUUUUCAACACAGACCGCUACCCUGCAGUCAGCGGUACAAGGUAUAUUGAUUUCCUGAAAGACCAGCUGGCUUGGUGGGACAAAGAGUACAUGAAGAUCCGCGAGUCGCGUGAGCAGUGUGAGCGCGCCAAGCAGGACGUGGCGGAGUAUGAGCGAAACGCCGCUGAAGCCAAGAAUGCCUUCGACCAGACUUUGACCUUCUGCGCCAAGUCGCAGGACACCUUGGACGAGGCUUCGUGCUCGUAUAAGGCCGCGGUCAAGGAGAAAUGCCGCGAAGCCGGUGGCUGUGUCGAUGGCAACUGGACUAUCUACAACCGCACUCUCCAACAAGCAAAGGUGGAGGAGACCUUCCUGAAGGCCCAGAUGAGAGCAGUGAUGCGUAUCCACUGCUACCUGGGUGUCUUCGAGUUGAAGGAUGUCGCGGCUGGAAUAGAGACGUGCAAGGGCAAG